UCUUGUUUUCCUUUCCAACUUUUCUCAUUCUCUCUCCUACAAAACUCCAUUAUUUCGUUUCUUCAAUCAUUUCCAUUUCAACUUUCCCACCACAACCCAACCCCCUCUAAUUAUCAAUUUAACAAAAGGUUAUUAGUAUUUCAUUAUAGAAUCAUGUUAAUGAUUCAUAGAAACAAGCUGAUUAUAAGCUUGUUUCUUGUAUUUACCGCGAUUAUUGAACCGAUCAAUUGUGAAUGUUCUACAAAUGUUAGUAGAAAGAGUUUUCCAGAGGACUUUGUUUUUGGCACUGCGUCUUCUGCAUACCAGUAUGAAGGAGCUGUAAAAGAGGAUGGCAGGGGACCCUGCGUCUGGGACACAUUUGCACAUAAAUUUGCUAAGGUAAUUGAUUUCAGUAAUGCUGAUGUUGCAAAUGAUCAUUAUCAUCGGUACCUUGAAGAUGUAAAACUUAUGAAGGACAUGGGAGUUGAUUCAUACAGAUUCUCGAUAUCUUGGACACGGAUCUUCCCAAAUGGAAAUGGAAAAAUAAACCAGGGCGGAGUUGAUCACUACAACAAUCUAAUCAAUGCCUUGCUAGCUAAUGGAAUUCAACCAUAUGUAACAAUGUAUCAUUGGGACACUCCUCAAGCCUUGGAGGAUGCUUACAAAAGUUGGGUUAGCCCUCAAAUAAUACGUGAUUUUGGAGCCUAUGCUGAGACACUAUAUGAGAAGUUCGGGGACAGGGUUAAGCACUGGAUAACACUAAAUGAGCCCCAUACGGUGGCAUCUCAAGGUUAUGAUACUGGCAUUUUUGCUCCAGGGCGGUGCUCCAUCCUACUCCACCUAUUCUGCAGGGCAGGAAACUCUGCCACUGAGCCUUACAUUGUUGCACAUCACAUGCUUCUUGCUCAUGCUACUGCAGUCGAUAUUUAUAGGAGAAAAUACCAGAGUAUACAGCAUGGAUCAAUCGGAGCUGCGUUGGAUGUGAUGUGGUAUGAGCCAGAAACCAAUAAUCCAGAAGACAUUGAAGCAGCUCAAAGAGCACAAGAUUUUCAGCUCGGCUGGUUUCUUGAUCCAUUGAUGUUUGGGGACUAUCCGAGUUCAAUGAGGCAGCGAGUGGGGAACCGUUUGCCAAUAUUUACUGCAAGGGAAUCAGCUCUUCUCAAAGGGUCUCUAGAUUUUGUUGGCAUAAAUCAUUACACUACUUAUUAUGCAAGGAACAACAAGACUAAUAUCAUCGGGGUUCUUCUUAAUGAUGCUCUUGCUGAUUCUGGCACCAUUACUUCUCCAUUUGGUCGUGAUGGGAAACCUAUAGGAGAGAGGGCUAAUUCAAUAUGGUUGUACAUUGUACCUCGUGGGAUGAGAGAAUUGAUGAAUUAUAUCAAGCACAAAUAUGGAAAUCCCAUUGUUCUCAUAACUGAAAACGGGAUGGAUGAUGGAAAUAAUAUAUUCAGAUCGGUGGAAGAAUCGCUCAAGGACGAGAAAAGAAUCCGGUAUUACAGUGGCUAUCUUGAAAACUUGGCUGAAGCCAUAAAGGAAGAUGGAUGUAAUGUGAAAGGAUACUUUGCAUGGUCAUUAUUGGAUAACUGGGAAUGGUCAGCUGGAUAUACUUCAAGAUUUGGUCUUUAUUAUGUCGAUUACAACAACAAUCACAAGAGAUAUCCCAAGAACUCUGUUCAUUGGUUUAAGAAUUUCUUUAACCCUACUUGUUGAAAAACAUCACAUUGAAUCGCUACAAAUAUAAACUUGUAUUCAUAUUCUAUUGUGUAAUUGAAUUAGAUAUGAUUUGCCAUUCAUUCACUAGAAGAUAAGUACGGAGUAUUAGAAGAUGUUUAUGCUAAAAUGUUUGAGUUGGAAA